ACGAGAGAUGGUCAUUAUAGAAGCAAUCGGAGUCCCCAGGUGCAUGCUCCGUGAGUAAUCUGUGAGCAUCCCAGAGCGCACACAGAUUAUUCACAUGCUGCCCUCAUAGUCAAAAGCGGCGGCACCCCUAUUAGUAGUUCUUUGACUGAUCAUCGAAUGUUCCAAGGGGGACGGCAGGCCUUGCAGUCCGACGAGGUACCUUGCGUCAAAAGUACGUAUGCCUCUUUUGUCUGGGGUCCAUCUGGACUUUCCAGAGAUCAAACCCUACCCAGGCUUGCUGUGCCAAAGUACAGAGGGAUCCUACCAUCUCCCAUAAAAGCUGGUUCGGUUUCAUCAUUCAGUCGUCCAAGAGUCGCAGAACAGCUUAUCAGUAUCAGUCUGGAGGAGAUUGCCGGACGUCAUACCGCGGUCUAUCCGGUGAAGCGCCCCACGUGUUGGACUUUUUUUUUUCUUCUUUCUGUCUUAUAUUUAACUGAUCUCUCUUCUUCCUCGCCAUCACGCCAUUCCCCCUCUCCUUCUCUUCAAGGCCGAGAGGCAGUUUCAUCUCUCCAACCCGGACUCCACCGGAUCAGUCCAUACUGCUUGCCGUGGAAUAGCGCAGAGAUAGGGUGAAAGAAAGCCCUGCAGUGUACAAUCCUCUUUGUUACUUGAUAGAUAGCCAUUUUCUCUUCCGACUUGAUCGUCAAUUGUGCCUAAUCUCAACUCAUAUCCA